UGCUGCCUGUGUGAAUCAACAAGGAAGAGGGGUAAGACACAGAGUUUAUGUCAAAGAGCAAUCACGGUGCUUAAAAAAAAAAAAAAAAGAAAUUCUGGAGAAAACAUUGCAACAGAUGUGGAUAUUGUCCCACCGCAGGCUAUAGACAUGCACAUGAAGGAAAACUUGGGUAUUUUAAAGCUGUGGUGAGUCCUGCAUCUUUCUUGAGACCUCCACAGAGAUGCACCCGUUUGGCAGAGAGGAGGCGAGCUCGCUGGAGAAGCUGUUUGUGUUCUUCACACAGUGCUUGCAGCGGGGGGAGUGGGCUCUUGCCCAGGCAUGCGUGCCCCAGCUCUGGGAGUGGCACGGAGGGGGCACGGGGCAGGUGCAGGAGAUCCUGCAGGCUAUCGUAGCCUGCCCGUACCAGCUGAGAUGGGACACAGUUGGUAGCCCUCAUCGCCUUGCUUGGCUGUGGCUUCAGGUUCUAGAGAAGUGGUCUCAAGAGCAGAUCCCUGUAUUUGUCAAGAGUCAACUGGAGUUCAUGUUACUUCUGGAGGAGCUGCAAACUGAAGCUUCAGAAAAUGUGCUCAAGGAGUUCUAUCAAGCCUUCUUACACAGCCACAGCCCAAACAUUACUAAAGAAAAGAAAAGGGAACGGCAGAGCGCGCAGCUCAGUGCAGAGGCAGUGUCGUGCUUGUGGGACGUGUUGUCAGAGAAGCCCAGACUGGCCCAGGCGCUGACGGGGUACCUGCUGGCACACGACUGCGACAGCGACUCUCUGCACAAGCUGUUCAUUGACUUCCUGCAGGAGGCAGUGUGUGGGCUGCGGAGCGGCGCUGGCGACCGUGCAGUAGAGCAGGUGUACUCUGGGCUGUUGAUCCUGCACUGUAACCCCGAGCGGCCGGCCAGAGAGCUGAGGCAGCUGUGUGAGGCGCUCUUCGAGUCCAGCUGGGGUGAGACGGCCCCGCUCAGUGAAGAGAGGGUGCUGAGCUGCCUGCUGCGGCCACACGCUCACGCUCUGAUCAGCCUGUACAGCAGCGUCGCCAUGGAAAGGACAAAGGAAAAGCUGUUGGAAGGCAAGACACACGAGCAAGUGUCUGCAGAGCUGUCUGAAGCAGAGAAAGUGUUUCUGGCUUUAUUUUCUCACUGUGAUCGAACCUCAGCCUGGAAAACGAUUUACUUUGACUGCCUGAGCAGCGGCAAGCACUUCCUGGAGCAGGUCCUGGUUACAGCCCUGAGUUUGAUGAAAAGGGAAGAUGUUUCCAGUCUACACAGUCUCCUGAAUCAGGAGUUUAGGCCUCUUUCCAGGCUGCUGCUAUUGCUGGGUUGGACUCACUGCCAGAGUUUGGAAUCGGCAAAGACCUUCCUGCGCACUCUCCACGAGAACAGGGAGCUACACUGUGAUUUUGUAUUGAAAGAAUUUGGGGAUGGCCUCUCCACGCAGGUUAAAAUACUUGAAUGGUGCUCCGAAAACAACAGGAACAGCAUUCCCAGUCCAGAUCUGCUAAGGCACUUGCACAGUGUGGACUGCCACUCGGCUCUGUAUACCCUGCACUCACUCACCACCCUGCCUGCACUGGACGAGGAGAGGGUGCUCCAACUGCUGCAGGGGCUGCCAGCUACACACAGCAACGGUCAGCAGAUUCACAGAAACACUUUCAAAUGGGGGGCUUGGUCAAGGGUGUAACCCCACAGUAGCCUGAUGUGUACCCCUUUGUCUCAGAACCAUAUUCAGUCCUGUCAAUGUCAGUAUCUAAAACAAGAACCUCCUACACAUAGUGUACACAAACCUAUCAGUCACAUAGCAGUCACCUAAUGGAAAUUACCAUCAUUAUUUGUUCCCUAUAUAAGACGCACACAUUGUGGUAAGCUUGAACUUACUGAUCACUCCUUGAUAUUUCAGUGCUGCAUUUCCUCCCUGAUCCCCUGUUCUACUUCUAGAGGUCACAGGAAGGAACA